UACCCUUCCCGAGCAGCCCCCACCUUGCGUCCCCCAGGGCCUCCAGCAGCCCGAGCCCUGUGGGAGAGAAGCAGGCAGGGACAAGACUUGCCUUCCCUGGGGAGGAUGACCCCCUCCUGCCCACCUGGAGCAUGGACCCCUGCGCCCAGGCCCUUUGCCCCUAUCCCCAUCCCAUCCCUGUCCCUAUCACCCCUGCUCCGUCUUGGAGGCCCCCCACCCCCCACCCCAUUGUGAGCUCAGGGCCAGGGCUGCCCACCAUGCCGGCAGGGAGGCAAAGUGGGGUAGGUACGAGCGGGCACCCUGGAGCUGGUCCUAGCCCUGCCAUCCUCCGGGGAGGGAAUUGCCAGGGCCAGGAGCACAUGCGGGAGCGGGUCUGGGUGCGUGCAUGUGUCCUGAACCUCCUGGCCCCAGGGUGGUGUGCCUGUCAUGCUAGGGUCCUUCCUGCGCGCCCAUGCCUGCAUGCUGCCUGUGGGGCGGCCGAGGGCCCCCACAUCCUCUAGAGCUGCCGGAGCAGCCAUGUACGGCUCUCUGCCCGGGGUCAAGAUGCAGCCCUGGGAGCUGGGGACCAUGGGGCAUGCUCACCCUUAGGUUUGGGAGCAGGGCCCUGCCACCACCCCCUAACACCGCUGGUGACCCUACAGCAGCCUCCCAGAGUGACGCCCAGACGCGGUCCUUGUGUGGCUCUCCCUGUUUAAGAGCUGGAGCCAGGCAGGAGGGAGGAAAAUGCCACCAUAAUUGCAUCCCUCCUAAUUAUGCUCAGCAGGUGCUCACUGAGUCACAGCCACCCAGGUGCCAGCAUACCAUGAGGCCCCACUGGGUGGGUCAGGCGUCCGGGAGCGGUGCCGGGUGGGUGCCCCGGUAUCCCCGUGGAGCCAUGAGGGGCGGGUGCUCCUGUGCCCACACAGCCACGCUGGCUGCCCCAUACGCACAUUUGCUGCAGGCUUAGGGGGCUCUUCUCCCUAUGGCUUGCUCCAAGGGGGGCAAAACCCAGAGCACCCCUUCCCCUCACCUUGAUGCUCUGCUCCAGACCUUACUGGCAGCCAUGGGCACCCCCUCUUUCUGCCGCCCUGACCCCCACACCAAUUUGUGUCCCACCUCGCUCCCUCUCUUAACCCUCUGUCCUUCCUUUCCCUCGUGGACCUUCAUCUCCCUCCCCAAAUCUCUCCCCUCCCCACACUUACCCUCAGUCAUCCAUCUUCAUUCCCACAGCCCCCGCUGCCUCCGCAGCCUCCCCUCCCAGCACCCCCUUGCCGUGGGCCACCAGCCCCCUCAGGUUCACGUCCCCUUUAAGCCUCCCAAAGCUGGAAUGCGAGAGGAGCAUUUCAUCGCCCUGUGAGGUCAGAUAAAGACACUAUAUUUAUCUAGCCGGUAACCUGAGCCCUGAAUUUCUGCAGUGGCGUUUUACGUGGCCCCACAGCCCUCCGGCUCGGCCCCCUCUGGCCAUUGCGUCCGCUCCCUGCAGGGUGGAGGAUCUGAGCCGUGGGGUGGCCUGUCCCCUGCAAAGGGCUCGGGUGCUGCUGGCCCCUUCGCAUCGCUCACUCUCCUCUGGCCCCAGGGGAAGCGCCCCGAGGAGGCAGGAUCAGCUCCCUGCGCUCAGCCCUGCCAGCAUCACCCCAUGACCGGCCGCUCGCCCCUCACCAUGCCAGUCUUGUGCCCCUGACCAGCCGCCGGUCGCCUGUCCUGCCGACCAACACACAGUUGAUGCCUCCAGGAGAGCCCGCUGAGCCCCAGCCUCCAGCAUGUCCCAGCUCUCCUCCACCCUGAAGAGGUACGUCGACUCGUCCCGCUAUGCCGAGACCACGUACAGCAAGGUGCCCAGCGGCUACAGCUCGUACACCUCCUAUGGAUCCACCUUGGCCACAUCCUAUGCAGACAGCAACAAAAUCGGCUUCAAAACCAGCUACCUGGGCUCCCCCCGCUACCACCACACAGGGCUGUCCCCAACCAGUGGCUAUGACAGUAGCCGGCUGCCCCUGUACCCCGACUCCAGCAUCUGCCUGAGCCCCACAUACAUUCGCACCCGGCCGCCCGGCAGCAGGCUGAGCGGGGGUGCAUGCUACACCUUCGCAGGGGCCCCCAGCAGCCCCCCGGGCUACCUGCCCACCACAGCACCUCUCAGCCGUCGCAAAUCCAUCAGCCACUCGGACCUGGCACGGGAGUUUUCGGGGCUGCACACCUCGGACAGUGCCUACUCGCCCACCCUCGGCCCCCUCAGCACCCGGGGCCGCCAGGAACUCGGCACCCUGCAGGGUCUCUACCAGGCUGCCACAUGCUCCGACUACGUCCGCGGCUACCUGGAGAGCUACGGGAGGAAAAGCAGCCAUGGCAGCCUCCCCACGGGCCCCCUCAGCCCCUCACAGGCCUCCCUCGGCUCUGCCCUCCCUCCCUCAGGCAUGCACUGCGCCAGCCAGCCCUGCGAGAGGAACGAUGGCUACUGUGACAUGCCCGCCCGGGACCCCACGAGCUCCAAGGCGGUGCAGGGACUGACCGGCUUGCGAAACCUCGGCAAUACGUGCUUCAUGAACUCCAUCCUGCAGUGCCUGAGCAACACCAAGGAGCUGCGGGAUUACUGCCUGCAGAACCAGUACCUGCGGGACCUCAACAACAACAGCCGCAUGCGCACUGCACUCAUGUCAGAGUUUGCAAAGCUAAUUCAGCUGCUCUGGACCUCAUCCCCCAAUGACAGCGUGAGCCCCUCUGAGUUCAAGAUGCAGAUCCAGAGAUAUGCUCCCCGCUUUGUUGGCUACAACCAGCAGGAUGCACAGGAGUUCCUGCGGUUCCUCCUCGAUGGGCUGCACAGUGAGGUGAACCGUGUGCUGGUGCGGCCACGGGCCAGCACGGACACCCUGGACCACCUCCCUGAUGAUGAGAAGAGCCGCCAGAUGUGGAGGAGGUACCAGGAGAGGGAGGACAGCCGCAUUGGCGACCUCUUUGUUGGGCAGCUGAAGAGUUCGCUGACCUGCAGCGAGUGCGGCUACUGCUCCACAGCCUUUGACCCCUUCUGGGACCUGUCCCUGCCCAUCCCCAAGAAAGGCUAUGGGGAGGUGACCCUCAUGGACUGCCUACGGCUCUUCACCAAAGAGGACGUGCUGGACGGGGACGAGAAACCGACAUGUUGUCGCUGCAAAGCCAGGACAAGGUGCACAAAGAAAUUCAGCAUCCAGAAGUUCCCCAAGAUCCUGGUGCUUCACCUGAAGCGCUUCUCAGAGGCCAGGAUACGAACAAGCAAGCUCACCACCUUCGUCAACUUCCAGCUGAAGGACCUGGACCUUCGGGAGUUUGCCUCGCAGAGCUGCAACCACGCUGUUUAUAACCUCUACGCCGUCUCCAACCACUCGGGCACCACCAUGGGGGGACACUACACUGCCUACUGCAAGAGCCCCAUCUCCAGCGAGUGGCACAGUUUCAAUGACUCCCGUGUUACCCCGAUGUCAUCCAGCCACGUCCGCAGCAGCGAUGCCUACCUGCUCUUCUACGAGCUGGCCAGCCCGUCCUCCCGCAUGUAGCCAGCCCUGCCUCCCUGGGGACCCCCUGCACCACCCCUCAGAGCCGGCCCCUCCAGGUUUCGGCCAUUUGCCCCCCCAGGUGCAAGAGGGAGGUGAAGAGGAGAGACCCUGAGGUGGCUGCAGUGGGAGGCUGAAGGCAGCCAGGAGCAGAUCCCAGACAAGGAC